AUGACAUCGGAGAUCAGUCGCACGUUUCGCUGCAAGGCGGUCAUCACGGACGUGGAUGGGACACUAAUGCCCUUCGGCAAAAACAAAAAGAUCUCGGAGAGAAACCAGCAGGCUUUGCAGAAAGCAUUCGAUGAAGGCUUGGCCGUUUGUGUAGCCACUGGCCGAAUCCCCGGCCCUUGGUAUGAUGAGCUUUGUGCCCAAGUUCCUCUGGGACCUGGCGUCUUUGCCAACGGAGCUCUCGUGCUGGAGCCGGGCCCAGGUCCUUCACCGAAGAUCCUUGCAGCCUCGAACUUGCCUGCUGCUGCAGUGGAAGCCGUUCUAGAACAGACUUCUGGAGGGCGUUUUGGCGGGCUCCGCAUUUUGGUGCUGGCUGCCACUAUGUGGGAAGGAUCCCUGCGCUAUGUGGAGCUAGCGCCGGAAGGCCCCACUUGGGCUACUGACCUCAUCAGAAGUGCCGGGGAACCGGACACGGUACUGCUUCCGACGCUGAGACCACUGAAGGACGUGCACAAGUUUGUUCUCUUCACGCUUCCCGAGGAGGAUGGCUGGGCAGCAAUGGCAGACGUUGUAGACUCAUUUCAAAGGUCGCUGGCAGGCACCGGCGUCGCGAUUCUCGACUGUGGCCCUCGACAAUGUGAGAUACUGCCUCCUGAGGUAAACAAAGGUACCGGAGUGAAGAAGUUGCUCGAGGGUCUUGGCUUGAGCCUGGACUCCGCUUUGGCCUGCGGGGACGCGGAGAACGACGUCGAGAUGUUGGAAAUGGUAGGCUUGGGCAUAGCUGUGGGCGACGGGAAGCCCAAGGCUUUGGCCGCUGCUGAUAUUGUCGUGAGUCCGAGCACGGAAGAUGGUGUUGCUGAAGCCAUUGACAUUGCACUUGGGCGGCCUGGGCGCCUUGCAGAGGACGAAGCUCCAGAUUCGCUGUUGUCGGUCUAG